AGAAAACAUUGACUUGUAAUUGUCCAAUCCAGUUCAGGCCAACGUUCGAAUGCAUGGCGUAGAUACGGUAUCAGACGGUCGCGAGAAAUAAAUCGAAAGACCGUGGCAGAUUUUAUUUCUGGCGAAUCAAAGUACCAAAAGUGUUAUGCACAAAAAUUAAGCUUUGUUACUGACUUCCCAGGAUUGGCGCCAGUGAAGUCUUUCCCAAACAUUUGGAAUUUCUGUCAAGGGUGCCUCCGCGAUGUCCUCGGCCUUUUCGAGCGUUAGAUCUCCCCGCUGAAGUACACCAGCAAUUUCCGGAAAUGCUUUUGUGGCUACUCUGUUGGACCCGUCCUUCUGGAAUAUAAAGUCGAGGACAAUGAAGUCUUGAAUUGUUAAGCGGUCGGUGUCAUUUCACAUGAAGUUCCGAUCUGGAUGGCAUCCGUAACGCUACUCACUGGCAUCAAACAUACCUAGGCAUCAAGCAUAGCUAGUAGUUGUACAUGACACAGGUUUUCCUUCUGUUACAAGCUGCGAUUGCCCAGAAUGUAGCCUAUACCGCAGCACUUCUGAAACCUUUUAUCCUUUACCGCCGGAGAUGGACUGAUUCACGUGUCAUUGUAUACGUUGCUCACACCGUCGGUUUUUGUGCCUACUGCAAGACGCAUAUCCACAUCCAGUGGUUUGCGGUCAAGAGAUAACAGCCAAGUCACACUCGGCUGUGUCAAUUUCAAUAUCGCAGAAGAGUUCCCUUUCAAAUUGGAUAGCCUGUGCUGCGACGGUGAAUUUCCUGAUGCGAAACCCUUCUUCUUCAGGUGUGAUCUGAUGAGAUCCCGAAAAACCAACUCCCCAAGAAAAUCC